AUGAGCCCUGGUAAGAGGCAUCUUGAGGAAGACAAUGAAGUUGACUCCGUUCUCCUUUCGGCGUCCAAGAUCCUAAAUUCUGCUGAGGGGAUAAAAGAACGUAGUAGCAAUGAAACAGAACGUGGCUGCAGAGCAGAAUCAGAAAAUCAACCACGAUCAGCACUGAAAGCUCUUCAGCAUCAACUAGAAUCAUUUCAGGCUCUCCGAAUACAGACUUUGCAGAAUGUUAGCAUGGUACAGUCUGAAAUCAGCGAAAUCUUAAACAAAAGUAUUAUUGAAGUAGAAAAUCCACAAUUUAGCUCAGAGAAAAAUCUAGUCUUCAGCACACGCAUUGAAAAGGAUUUGUCUAUAGAGAAUGAAGAAGAAAUCCUUUCUCUGGAGAAAAAUCAUCAUUCUGAGAAUUCCAGGUCUCUUCAUUCAGUUGAAGAAAACUUCAGUAGUGAUAGUGUUAACACUCUCUCUCAAGAUCUACAUAUCCCAUCUCAAAUACAUUUCAAAGACAUACUAACUCUGAGAACAUCAACAGAUAAUACAGCUUCAAACAUAAUUAAGAACCCUUCAGGAAAUUCUGACAUGCUGAAAAGUUAUAAUAACCUUUACAGUUUUCUACCCAACCCACCUGAAAAUGAAAUGUCUCAAGGUAAUACAGUCAUUCUAGAUGAACCCACAAUUACUGUGCCUUUUCUCAAACAUGGAUUUUGUGAAAAUUUAGAUGAUAUUUGCCAUUCUAUUAAACAAAUGAAAGAAGAGCUACAAAAGUCACAUGAUAGAGAACUGACACUUACAAAUGAACUUCAGACUUUAAAAGCAGAUAAAAAAAUUCAAAGUAAUGGUAAAUAUGAUCUUUCCCCCAUUCACAAAGACAAAAUUAAUUUUAUUAAGGAAGAAAAUAUGGAAAAUAACUUAAAUGAAGAUAAAAAAUCUAAACGAAUUAAAGAAUUAGAGGUAAUAGUAAACAAAUUACUCCCCCUCAGAGAAACAGUGUCAAAAGUCCAUGUGACUUUUUGCAGAAAAUGCAAAAAAUUAUCUAAGAAUGAAAUACAUCGGGGAAAAAAGAAUGAAAAAAACACAGAAAUUCCUAUCACUGGCAAGAAUAUUACAGAUUUAAAAUUCCAUUCCAGAAUUCCAAGAGAUACACUGUCAUUCCUUGACCAAACAAAACAAAGAAUGAAAGAUAAAGAAAGGCAAUCAUUUGUACUAAAGCAAGGACCAACAAUGUUUGAAAGUGAGAAAACAUCCAAUGUCAAUUCAGUGACUGAGCAGUGUGUUGCAAAAAUUCAGUACUUACAAAAUUACUUAAAAGAAUCUAUGCAGCUAAAGAAAACAGUAACAGAACUAGAGAAUGAAAAUCUAACCCUCAAGACGAAAAUAAAACAUCUUGUCUCUACUACACAAUCUUUGAUUCAGAAAAUUGAAACAUAUGAAAAGCAAGUUAAGAAUCUGAUUGAAGAAAAGAACAGUGUUCAAUCUAGGUUAACUAAAUCAGAAGAAGAUAGCAAAGAGUGUCUUCAAGAAUUGAAAAAUAUGAUCAGUAAGUAUAACGCCCUCCAAUGUCAAAAUAAAACUCUGGAAGAAAAACAUAGUCAGCUUUCUUUGGAGAAACAACAAAUGAUAGAAACAUUAGAUCAAUUAAAAAGUAAGGAACACAAAACUCAAAAUGAUUUUGCUCUUGUCAGUAAUGAAAAUAAUCGAAUGAGUCUAGAAAUGGAAUCAAUUAAAACUAAUGUUCUAUUGAUACAAGAUGAAAAAGAAAUGUUAGAGAAAAAAACACACCAGCUUCAAAAGGAAAAAAACUCACUUGACAAGGAGCUAAAGGAAAACCAGCUAGAGAUAAUGCAACUAAAAGAGAAAGAAAGAUUGGCAAAAACUGAACAAGAGACACUUCUUCAAAUAAUAGAAACAUUUAAAAAUGAAAAACUUGAUCUUGAAACAACAUUACAAGAAUCUACUGCUGCUAGACAAAUGAUGGAAAGAAAAGUUGAGAAUAUUCAAACAUACCAGUCUACUGCGGAAGAGAAUUUUCUGAAAGAAAUAAAAAGUGCAAAAUCAGAAGCAACUAUUUACAAGAAUAGCUUGUCAGAAAUGAGCCAGGAAUGUGAAAUGUUAUCAAAAAUGGUAAUGGAAAUUAAAACAGAUAAUCAGAUUCUAAAAGAAGAACUCAAGAAACAUAACCAAGACAAUAUAAAAUUUGAAAACAGCAUCAGUAGGCUUACUGAAGACAAAAUACUUUUAGAAAACUACGUAAGAAGUAUACAAAAUGAAAGGGAUACCUUGGAAUUUGAGAUGCGGAAUCUUCAAAGAGAAUAUUUUAACUUAAGUGAUAAAGUCUGUAGUCAGCAUAGUGACCUAUCAAAAAUGUCUUACAUUUCAAGAAGAGAGAAAUAUCAUUUCGACAACUCUGAUACUUAUGAAGAAACUUCUAGUCCUAGGAGUAGGCCUUUAGCUCCUGAUGUGAAAGGUAUGUAGAUCAUAGUGGAUUAG